AUGAGCGGCAUAAUAUUUAUACUUUUGCUGAGAACAUUUGCGGUGUCGCAAUAUUUAAUUACGACAUGUUUACCAAUUCUCAGUACCAUAAUAUGGGUGUCGUUUGAAUGUUCACGUAAAAAAAUUGAAUUAACCCCAGCUGUACCACUUGUUAAAGGACAAAAACAUUUAAAAAUGGAUGAAACGCAACAAAGUAAAAGUUCCCAAACUAAACCACCAAGGAUGAAGGCAACAUUAAAACGAUUAGAAAUUGCACUUCCAAGAGAGCAAAGUGAAGCGAAGCCUAUAGCAGCAUCUCUAAAAUGUGGCCGAACGCAACCUUCUCACACAAUACCAAUUUUACCAUCGGAUGAUACAACAAAACAUGUAGAAUCAUUACCGGAAAGUUCAGCAUAA